UCUGGGAUAUGAAAUGGAACACAAUGGCGGUGAAACGACGAGCAUGCAAUACUCUCACAGUCACAUGUUUACUUUUAUCACUUCUGCUGCACACUUGUCGGACCUUUGCUGAGGAUUUGAAGUGGGAUGACAAUGGCUACGUGUUGUACUGCCCGUGCAUGGGCCGUUUUGGAAACCAGGCAGACCACUUCCUGGGAUCUCUGGCCUUUGCAAAGAUGUUGAACCGAACCCUGGCAGUCCCUCCCUGGAUUGUGUAUCGCCACCACACCCCCCCUUACACCAAUGUUCAUGUACCCUACAGUGAGUUCUUCCAGCUGGAGGCCUUGUCUGCUUAUCACCGUGUGGUCAGUUUGGAGGACUUCAUGGAGGAGCUGGCUCCCAAAUACUGGCCCUCAGGACAGAGGAAAGCAUACUGCUUCGAGACUGCUGCACAGCGGAGUGCAGACAAGAAAUCCUGUCCUAUGAAGGAUGGAAACCCGUUUGGUCCAUUUUGGGAUAAUGUCGGUGUGGAAUUCGACAAGUCUGUCUUGUUUGGUGGCAUUUCUUUCAGUGCCUACCACCAACCUCAGUGGAUGAAGAAGUUCCCUCCCUCAGAGCACCCUGUGCUGGCACUGCCUGGGGCUCCUGCCCAGUUCCCAGUGAUAGAAGAGCAUGUGGGCCUGCAGCGCUACAUGGUGUGGUCAGACAAGAUGGUAAAGGAGGGAGAAGAGCACAUUGCUACCCUGCUGACCAGGCCAUACGUUAGCAUUCACCUGAGGAUUGGCAUUGACUGGCAAAAUGCCUGCAAAAUGCUGAAGAGUGGCGACGCAGGGCCUCACUUUAUGGCUUCUCCUCAGUGUGUUGGCUACAACCGCCAGACAGCUUUGCCUCUCACCAUGAACAUGUGCCUUCCUGACCUGGCAGAGAUACGCAGAGCUGUCAAGCUGUGGGUGAAGAAGACCUCUGCACGCUCUGUCUACAUUGCCACUGACUCAGAAUCCCACAGUAGGGAUAUUGAAAAGCUUUUCAAGGGCAAGGUGAAAGUGGUGAGUCUUCAGCCAGACUCGGCCCAAAUGGACCUGUACAUCUUAGGUCGAGCUGAUCACUUUAUCGGAAACUGCGUCUCCUCCUUUUCUGCCUUUGUGAAGAGAGAACGGGACGUCCAUGGCCUUCCGUCCUCCUAUUUUGGCAUGGACAAGCCAGGGAAACAAAACAAAGAAGAACUCUGAGCACUCGGUUCACGUGGUCCUCCUCUGGGCGCUAAUGCUGGAUGACUGUCAUGAGGAGGCGAGAGAGCAUGUGAAGGCAGAGAAUAUUUAUAUAUGAAAUGAUGGUUCAUAGUGUGUAAAGACGGGUUUUAGAAUGGGUUUUAAUCUAUGAGAAAGUAGGAAGGCCCUAUAACAUAGGAUUUAGCAGGUCAGUAGUGUAAUGUCUGAAAUAUUAUGGACAUGGACAGCUGCUGCCAAGAAACACUGUUUUUCACUGUUCACUGUCAAGAUAGCUUUUGUUCAGUAUACUUAAGCCGGUAACAUUUCUUUUAGCUACUGCCAUAGUCUGUAGCUGCAACCAUGUUUUGCAGUUCAGACAUAUUAGAGGGACCUCUUGUGACCUCAGUGAACCCUGGAAAAGACUGACUGCAGUGUCAGCGAUCAUGGUCUCCCUCUUCUUUCCCUCCCUACCUUGCCAUCCCUCCAUGUCUUUCCAGCUUGCUCUUUCCUUUCCUCUCUGCCCUCCAUUCCAAGAAGAGCACAGUAACCGAUCCUCCUGUACAUACUAAUUAUAGGAAAGAAAAAGGAGACGAGUCUUUCCACCUCUCAAUUUACCAGGACCAAAAGCUGAUGAAAUGUGUGGAACCCUGUACUGAGUGUUUUGGGGACAGUAUUAUUAUUCAGUGAAUGUGAACACAUGUUUCAGGGAUGUUUUUAGGGGAGAGAAAAGAGUUGAUUUGCACUGGAUGAAUUGAUUAAAUGCAUGUGUGUGAAGUGUACAAAGCAGAGAGUGCAAUGAUUUUGAACUUAAAUGUUUUCUAUAAUGUUUUUCACCAAUAAAGUGAUGCACACUCAUUUUUAAAGAA